GGAAAAAGGAAUGGGGUGGGAGAAGAUCCAUCAUUUUCAUCCUUUAUCCUUCAUCCUCUUCCUCCUCUCUCGUCCUGCCGUCUCCUGGGUGCCGUUUUCCCUCCCUAGACACGCUCCGGAGAGGAAGGAGGCACAGCCGGGCGCGGGGGAGCUGCGGGCGGGCGCUUUCUUACCCUGCUCUCCGCCCUCCCCACGAAGGUAAGACACCAGGAUGGUUGAAAACUCGCCGGCCCCGCUGCCAGAAAGGGCGAUAUAUGGAUUUGCCCUUUUUCUAGGAUCGUGGUUUGCCUUCAUUUUAUAUCUUAUCUGGGCAUAUAUUCCUGACACUUGGCUGUUCUCCUUGGGACUGACAUACUGGCCUCAAAAAUACUGGGCAGUUGCUUUGCCAGUGUACCUCCUAGUUGCUGUAGGAAUUGCUUAUAUACUGCUUUUUGGGAUUAACAUGAUGAGCACAGCUCCCCUUAACUCCACACACACCAUCACAGAUAACUAUGCAAAAAAGCAGCAGCAGAAGAAAUUCCAAGAGGAAGCAAUUCCAGCAUUGAGGGACAUUCCCAUCAGUGAAGUGAACAGAAUGUUCUUCCUUCCUGAAAAAGGAAUCUGCAACAGCAGAUAGUCAUUCUUGAGAUUUGUUUGAACAAAGGAUGAAUGGAAGUGUUGCAUAAGGACAGUCAAAACCUCUCCAAGCAAAAAAGAAAAAAAUACUCUUUCAGCUUGUAGAACAAAGGUUUUAUUUUUUUUUUAAUCCCUAACUAAAUUUAUAUUAACAUAUUUUAUUAUUUGCAUGUACCUACACAACCUGCCUUUGUGUAAGAAUUACACCACAUUAAUUUUUCAAGCCAUUCUUGGGAACUUAAAAGUGUUCUCUUGUCAUUUCCCUCUGAGAGGGAAAGAAGCAACUUUUUUGGCCACGGUUUAAUUCUGUUUUCCUUUUGGCCAUAGUUUAAUUCUAUUUCCCUUUAAAUUCAGGGAGAAAAUACUUUUGCUAGUCAAAUGUUGAGGAUCUAUUUUUAUUAAGUUAAUGGAACUGUUCACAUUGUAAAUAUAAAGCUUUCCUUUGUAAAUAUUAAUAAAGUGUAGCUCACUUUUACGUGUUCAAAUUCA